GUUUGUGUGGCUCCUUGCGCUGGCCAAUGCUUUGCCUUCUUCGGUGGUGGUCCACGGGCGUCAGGGCCGCAACAGCAACAUCAACGGUGUGUACAUAAGAGACUACGCGUGGCGUCACAGCCUGUGUUGGAGACGUGCUGGUCAUGCUGGCAGCGGUGGUCAGGUGUUCCUGUACUUCGAGGGAGAGUGGCGCAUGGGGCCUUCACCGGAAGAUGGCAGUGUUUGGGCUUUUGCUCGCAGCCUUGCCUCGUCACCUUUGCUCAUUGACCAACCUUGGCAGGUGUGGGAUGGCCAGCGUGUCGUUCAAGAUCCGCAGCUCCGAGUUAGCGACACGUCCUUGGUCCCACAGGUCCUUCUCUUGUCCUUUGGGGAGGGCAGCCCGCUGGAGCUCGCUGCACUGCAGGGGAUGCUGAUGCAGCAGCCCGGCUUGUGGGACGGCAGGCCCUACUACAAGCACAUGCAGCAGGAGCUCUUCCUCCUCUGCUCUCUGGCCGAGGGAUGGCGCCUGGGACCGCUGCCUCUCGGAGAGAAGCCUCCAAGGCCCCUGCUCUUCUCACGCAGCGCUGCCGCAUUGCCACAGGAGAUCGUGGAGAGUUGGAGAGUCCCGAGCCUUGGGCCCGGAGGCGCCGACGAGCUCCCUGCGGCUGCUGUGAGGCUUGCUGCGAUGGAUUUCGGGCCACAGAGGCAGCAGCCGAAUCAGCCGAGGCACCUGGUCAUAGAAGGCGUCUCUUCCGGCAACGGAUCCGCCAACGGAGUGUACAGGCUCGCCUCGGAGAGCUGGAAUUUGAAGCCCCUGUAUCACAAGACAGAUGCCAUCCGCACAGCAUCGCUCUGGUAUGCAGCCGGCGAUUGGCGCAUCGGACCGUCCAUCGAAGAUGGAAGGGUUUGGGUCUAUGCCACUGCGGAGUCAGCUUCGAAUGUUGACGCGACAUGGUUUUCUUUUGCUGGCCUUGUCGAGGAGGUCCGUGUGGUUGAUGCGGCAACUGCAAUUCCCAGCAGCGUCAGCAUCGGUGGGACAGAAUUUGUGCAGGAGUCACGCCUUUGUGAUGCCCGUCCAGUGUAUGUUGCGACAGGCCUCGAGGAGGGCAACAGGUCAGAGGACGGCUCGGGCUCGGGCGGUGGAAUGAAGGUCUACCUCUAUUUCCGUGCGCAAGAGUCCGAGUGGUGGUUGGGCCCAGAGGUUGGAGGCAGGGAAUGCCUGGCCCGGGCCACGGGGUCGCUCCUCUCCGUGGUGCCCACAGCCGCCUUGCAAUUUCGCAUGGAGCCGCCGCGGGACGCCGCCGCGGGCGCCGCGGGCGCCGCGACGACCGGUUCGGGCGCCCCAGAUCCGGAGCUUGGGAGCGGCGAUCUGCCGCCAAUAAAAGCGAAGGUGCCGACUUGGCUUCCUUUGGUCUGUUCUCUCGCGACAGCUGCUGCCUGGUUACUCUUGCUUCGACCGUUAAGAAGCGAAGCGGUUUCCACGAAGGAAAAGCCCGCGGCGCUCGCUUGCGUCGUCUGCCUCGAGGCGCCUCGAACGAUCCUCUUGAUGCCGUGCCGGCACGUGUGCUGCUGCAAGGACUGCGCAGAGCGCCUGGAUCGUUGCCCCAUGUGCCGAACGGAGACCACCAGCCUGGCAGAAGUUUUUUUGUAG